GGUUGAUUUUGAUAAACCCGAAAAACCAAAACCCGAAUGGAUAAAACCGAAACCCGAUUGGACCCCGAAUGCCCAUGCCUAGGCAAGUGUUAUAGUUCAGAAAUACGGAAGCAGGGUUUGCUCGGAUGGGAUUGCACGAUCAAUGUGUGGGAUACCAAUGAGUUUACUUCAGAGUUGUCAGUACCAGGGAAGAAAAGAAAAGGAAAUAAUCAGGCUGAGGAAUCUCAGUUAGAGAGAGAGGCGGAGACUACACUUGUUGGACACACACAAUGUGUCUCAUCACUUGUUUGGCCAGAGCAUGAUGUAGUUUAUUCUUGUUCAUGGGACCAUUCUGUAAGGAGAUGGGAUGUUGAGACAUGGAAAGAUUCAUUGAACUUGGUAUGCCUUCUCACACUCCUUUGCUUUCUAAUGAAUUAGUUUUAAUUUUUUUUUUAUAAGAACCCUUAAUCAAGAGAUUAGUAUUGGAGCACAAAAAUGUUGGUGUC